AUGCUGUUUUCCAGGCUCCGAGGCCUGAGAGCCCGGCGCCUGCUCUUGUUCUCGCUUCUGUUUCUUGCAGCCUGGGAGGCAGGGAGCGGCCAGAUUCAUUACUCUGUCCCAGAGGAAGCCAAACACGGCACCUUUGUGGGCCGCAUCGCGCAGGACCUGGGGCUGGAGCUGACGGAGCUGGUGCCCCGCCUAUUCAGGGUGGCGUCCAAGGAUCGCGGGGACCUUCUGGAGGUAAAUCUGCAGAAUGGCAUUUUGUUUGUGAAUUCUCGGAUCGACCGGGAGGAGCUGUGCGGGCGGAGCGCGGAGUGUAGCAUCCACCUGGAGGUGAUCGUGGACAGGCCGCUGCAGGUUUUCCACGUGGAGGUGAAGGUUAAAGAUAUUAAUGAUAACCCACCAGUUUUCAAAGGCGCAGAGCAAAGGAUAUUUAUUCCUGAAAACAGACAACUAGAUUCACGGUUUCCACUAGAGGGCGCCGUGGACGCAGACAUUGGUGCCAAUUCUCUUUUAACUUACACGCUGAGCCCCACUGAUUACUUUUCUUUAAAGGUAGAGACAACAGACGAACUCAGUAAAUCCCUUUCGCUUGAACUGAGAAAAUCUUUGGAUAGAGAAGAAACACCAGAACUUCAGUUAUUACUGACAGCCACCGACGGGGGCAAGCCAGAGCUGGAGGGGACAGUUCGGCUGCAGAUUACUGUGCUCGAUGUUAAUGACAACGCCCCACUGUUUGACCAGGCCAUCUACAGAGCACAGUUAGUAGAAUCUACAGUGAAUGGGACAUUAGUGACGACGUUAAAUGCCACUGACGCUGAUGAAGGUGUUAAUGGUGAAGUUGUGUUUUCCUUUGGCAAUGACGUUUCUCUUGACAUUCAAGAAAAAUUCAAUGUGGAUUCUCUUUCAGGAGAAAUUAGAGUGAUCGGUGAUCUAGAUUAUGAAAAAACAAAAUCCUAUGAAAUUCAAAUAAAGGCAGUUGAUAAAGGGACUCCCUCCAUGUCAAAUCACUGCAAGGUUUUGGUGAAAGUACUGGAUAUAAAUGAUAAUGCUCCAGAGCUGUCGAUCACAUCCUUGUCUUUGCCCAUCAAAGAGGAUACUCCACUUAACACUAUCAUCGCACUCAUCAAGGUGUCCGACAUCGACUCAGGUGUCAACGGGCAGGUGACCUGCUCCCUAACUCCUCAUGUCCCUUUCAAGUUGGUGUCCACCUUCAAGAAUUACUAUUCGCUUGUGCUGGACAGCACCCUGGACCGAGAGACCACAGCGGACUAUAAGGUGGUGGUGACAGCCCGCGACGGGGGCUCGCCCUCGCUGUGGGCCACGGCCAGCGUGUCUGUGGAGGUGGCUGACGUGAACGACAAUGCUCCAGUGUUCGCGCAGCCCGAAUACACUGUGUUCGUGAAGGAGAACAACCCGCCUGGUGCGCACAUCUUCACGGUGUCAGCGAUGGACGCGGAUGCGCAGGAGAAUGCGCUGGUGUCCUACUCGCUGGUGGAGCGGAGGGUGGGCGAGCGCUUGCUGUCGAGCUAUGUGUCUGUGCACGCGGAGAGCGGCAAGGUGUUCGCGCUGCAGCCUCUGGACCAUGAGGAGCUGGAGCUGCUGCAGUUCCAGGUGAGCGCGCGGGAUGCUGGUGUGCCUGCCCUGGGCAGCAAUGUGACUCUGCAGGUGUUUGUGCUGGACGAGAAUGACAAUCCACCCACACUGCUGGGGCCUCACGCAGGCAGCGCAGUGAGCGAACUGGUGUCACGGACAAUGGGUGCAGGGCAUGUGGUGACAAAGGUGCGCGCGGUGGACGCGGACUCUGGCUACAAUGCGUGGCUGUCCUAUGAACUACAACCUCCUACAGGUGGUGCGCGCAACCCGUUUCGCGUGGGUCUGUACACUGGUGAGAUUAGCACCACACGCUCCUUAGAUGAGGUCGAUGUUCCACGACAGCGUCUCUUGGUGCUGGUGAAGGACCAUGGAGAGCCAAUGCUGACUGCUACCGCUACCGUGUUGGUAUCUCUGGUGGAAAGCAGUCCGAUUCAGAAAGCCUCUUUGCCUGUAUUAACCGGUGCAGUGGGUUCCAAGGCAUCGCUGGUGGAUGUCAACGUGUACCUGAUCAUCGCCAUCUGUGCCGUGUCCAGCCUGUUAGUGCUCACUUUGCUUCUGUACACAGCGCUGCGCUGCUCCGCGACACCCACUGAUGGAGCCUGUGGUCCGGGGAAGCCCAUGCUGGUGUGCUCCAGCGCGGUGGGGAGCUGGUCAUACUCGCAGCAGAGGCGACAGAAGGUGUGCUCUGGAGAGGGUCCACCUAAGACCGACCUCAUGGCCUUCAGCCCGGGUUUAGCCCCAGGUUUGAACAUAGCGGAAAGAAGUGACCACGCAGAAGUAAAUUCAGAUCUUUCUGGUAAUCCCCGGCAGCCCAACCCUGACUGGCGCUACUCUGCCUCGCUAAGAGCAGGCAUGCACAGCUCUGUGCACCUGGAGGAGGCUGGCAUUCUACGGGCUGGUCCAGGAGGGCCUGAUCAGCAGUGGCCAACAGUAUCCAGUGCAACACCAGAACCUGAGGCAGGAGAGGUGUCCCCUCCGGUGGGCGCCGGUGUCAACAGCAACAGCUGGACCUUUAAAUACGGACCAGGCAACCCCAAACAGUCCGGUCCCGGUGAGUUGCCAGACAAAUUCAUUAUCCCAGGAUCUCCUGCAAUCAUCUCCAUCCGGCAGGAGCCUGCUAACAACCAAAUUGACAAAAGCGAUUUUAUAACCUUCGGCAAAAAGGAGGAGACCAAGAAAAAGAAGAAAAAGAAGAAGGGUAACAAGACCCAGGAGAAAAAAGAGAAAGGGAACAGCACGACGGACAACAGUGACCAGUGAGGCCACCAAAUGGAAACAAGCCACUUAGCCAGUUUUUGUAAUAAUGGCAAAUCUCUCCCAUGUAGCAACUCCCCGCUCCUUUCUCCUAUGACAUGAGCCCUCAGAAAUCUGCAGAAAGUUCCCUGUGUCUGUCUUGAUCGCAUUUAACAGGUUUUGUCUUAAAAAGCUUUCCUAAGUCUGGUGUUAACUCUCUCUCUCUCCACUCUGGCUUGUUUUCAGAACCUAAAAAGCAGACCCAGGUUUCCUUUCUCCCCCGCCGCAAAGGAGAAGCUUCCCAGCCCCGCCAGUGAGAGUUGGACUCUCUGCCCUGUGCUUCAAGCAUCCUGUCUUGAUGAUAUUUGCAGGGCAGGCUGAAAGGUAUUCAGGUUGAGCAGUUGGGUGUUUGUGGUCACUGGGUAUGUGUGGCUACCAAGAGUGUUGGAGAGCCUGGUAUUGGCUGGGAUGGUCCAGAUUAGACUAGUUAACACAAGGAGGGCUGGGGCUCAAAGGCACAUCAACACCGGGAGUCUUUCAUCUGGAGGGGGAAAAUGUGAAACUUACAAGGACCAGACUUUCUCAAUCUCUCAACUAGACAUAUGAUGGCCAUCCUCUAACAGACAAAACCAUCCCCACCGGCAAAGCUUUAGGAGCCCCUCAAGUGUGCUGGCUAUAACAUCACUGUAUUCAAAACCUGCAGUAUGCACACGAGCCAGCAGUUCAAGCGUUUAACAAGAGGGUCGGCCAGGGCAACAGAAGCAGAUCUGAUGUGUUUCCUGUACACGUCCUUGUGCUCACGCUAUUAAAAAUUCUUUUGCACACAAUGUUUAUGAAAAGGUCUCAUCCUUUUCCAACAACACAUAUGCAAAAGCAAAAGAAAAACCCAAGACCUCACUUUAUGCUGUUUGUUGUUUGAUAGAUUUAUUAAAAAGAAAAGAGAAAGUCGAUAGCUAUAAAUCUUUAAAGGAAUAUGAUGAAUACAAUCCCCCCAACCUUCCCUCAAAAGAGAAUCCAGUCUACAGCCAUUUGAAAUGAUCGUUGCUGCUACAGAAGUGCUUUAAGAGAAUUGCCUGGAACAUCUGUAUUAUCCCGGCCACCUGCCAAUCACAGCUUUACUCUUUCAGGUCACUCUGGGGCUGCCUCUUGCAUGUAUUAAUUACUAAAUAGAAGGAUCUUUCUCUCUUUUCUAAGAAAAAUGAUGUGCACUUUGAUUACACAACCUUCUCUAACCCACGAUAUCAAGACCCAGAAACUGAAGAAAAAUCUUGUUUUCUCAUGCAUACAGUGAGCAGACUUUUCAUUCCUCUGGUUCUGUGGUUGUCUCGGUGUGCUAGCCUACACCUCCACCUUGUUUAGCUUUCCUUUUCUAGAACACUCUGAAUUGCUAACCUUACUAACACCUAUGAUGUUACCUGAAUCAAUCUCCCAUAUGUAUGCUGUAUGCUAUUAUAAGACUCCUGAGAUAUACUUACUCUGUGCUUGUGUAUGUGAAUGUUAAUGCAACUAUUACCUAGAGUGAACUUUAAGCUUUAUUGUUGAAUGUAAGCCCAUUAUAUUUCCUUUUGUACACCUGUGGAAAAGUGGAAUAGUGUUUUUUUUAAAACCAUUGUUAAUCAGCUUUUGUGUAUGAAAGACACAGUAAAAUUUCUUUCUUAAAUCAAGAUGCUGGUGAUUCAAGGAAUUUUAUUUAUGGUCAGCCAAGGGCUGUCUCUUGCCAAGAAUCCUGCUGGCAAGGGAAAAUGGAUAAAGCUGGUUUUUUUUUUUCCUAGUAAGAAUUCUGGAAUAAAUACUGAAGAAAGUCCCUGAGGGUAUGCAAGCACAAAAUUGUACCAAUCUGACCUCUUUGAAUUUGCAGACUGCUUUGAAAUGCUAUCCGGAAUAUCAGCUUGUAGAAAGUAAUAAAAUUUACUGUUACCAUAAAUAAGACAUUUUAAGUUUAUUGUGCACAACUUAGAUGUUUGAUUAAUUAUAUUAUCUACUUAAAAGCAUAUAAAAGAGGUAGGAGUCUGUUUUAAAAGGCAUAAAAAAUCUCAAAAAAAAAAAACCUGUCUUGUCUACUUUUAGCUUCAUUCUCCCAUAUUUUGAAGGGUGUGUAACUUCAGCUCUGCAGGAUUGCAUGGGGUAAAACUCGUUGACAGCGCAUGUGAACCAUUGCUACAUUGUAGGUUGUGAUCAUUUUGCCCCACUGAAGCCCAUGUAACUGACCUUACGUGCCUUUUGAACUAGGAGAAUCGGGCUAUAAUUUAUUAAUGAUGAUAAUGAUAAUGUAUAUGUACAGCACUUUUUAACCUUACAAAGUGCUUUCCAAUUCGUGUUAGUUAUUAGUUAUUACAGCUGUAAGGAUAAAACACGUCAUGUGGAUUCAUUUUUAAUUGGUGCUAUUGGUAUUUCCUCUGUUCUUGCUAAUAAAUGGAAAUGGUGGUGU